AAAGUAGUAAGACACUGUUAUACAAAAAUGUUAGAUGAUUUAAAACAUCACGAGGAACAGAAUUGUAUUAAGGACGUUGCUAUUGGCGCCAGUACGGUAGCAAUAUUUCUAACAGCUUUGACGCAGUAUUGUGGGGACAUAAUAAAAUACAAUAUCAACGAACAAACAGCGUACACGUUCGAAGGACGAUAUCUUUAUGAGGUGGUUAUAAAUGGCACACACGAAGAAACCACAAUUGAUUCAAGGCCAAUAAUAAUGAUAGACGCUGGCCGACAAGGUGGAACUGAACCAGUGACCCUAGCGCUAUUCCUUAUUGAACAGCUUGUAGCAUGUGAGGAAAAUGACGAGAUGAUAGAGAAAGUUCAAUGGAUCAUUUUACCUAGCGCGAAUCCUGAUGGCCAGGAGUUUAAUAGAGUUGACACAUGGAGAAAAAAUCGUAGAGUAUCAGAUAAUGUGCUCGGUAUUGGCGUAGAUAUAUCAAGAAACUUCGAAAGCCAGUGGGGAUCAUGCCCUAAAAUAGAAAGUGGAUUUUCACCCAUCUACCCAGGUGUUGGACCAGUGUCAGAAAAUGAAACACUAUUCAUUAAAAAUCUCCUCCUAAAAUACAAGAAAGAUAUAAAAGUCUAUCUAUCGAUCAGACGCGACGGUCAUGCAAUCUUGUAUCCAUAUGGCUACACAAAAAAUCACCCUGCAAAUAGCGAUAGAUUAAUAAAAGUAGCCGCAAACGUUGCCGCAAAAGUGAAUCAGAGAGCGGGCGGUCUUAGUUUGUUUCUCAAUCAUAGUAUCUAUGAGUCUGAAGAAAAGGAACGUUGCGGACAUAGUGUUGACUAUGCUUAUGAUCUCGGCAUUCCUUUGGCUUAUGAAAUGCGUGUGUUUCUUGGAUCCAAUAAUCUUAUAAUGUCCAAGUUCCACACAUUGCCGCGGGGCUACGAGGCCUCACUCCGAAACGGGUACUACAGUGGUAUAAGGGAACUUUACAACAUUAUUAUAAAAGAGAAGCAAUAUGGCAGAGUGUACUAGUAAAUUUAACUUUACACAAUAUUACACGUAUCAUUUACGAUUUAGGUAUACCAAAAGUAAAUAGGUAGAAGAGGCACGAGAUCACGAUCCAGGAAACACUAUUCAGAGUUGGAUUAUAUGAUUUUGAUCGAGCAUAAAAAUCUUCAACUGGGUCAAAAUUAUGUACCGAGGCCGGCGGCAUCUAUUACGAUACAAUAUUUAUUUAGUACAUAAUGGUAUAUCUACGUUGGAGGAGUCACUUUUCCACUUUUCGGUAGGAUGUCGGUCAUGCGCGGUGGUAGUGGUAGAGCGCGCUUGCGCUAGGGGUGGGGCCCGUGGCCGUUCAGCCCGCUGCCACUCUGUAGUCGGCCGCAGCGGCGGCGCCGCGCCUGGCUUCUGCUGCUCCUUGCCUCUGUACUCCUAGUAGCACUCUCGAUAACUCAGCCGCCGCUCGCGCUAUUAAAUUCGAAACAUUUUUAUUCCUUCGUUUCUUCUUUUCAAUUACGCUUUUGAUUUCUAGUUGACGAUUUAUUUGUAGAGUGAGUUUAUAUUUUUGAGUUGUUUUUGAUAAAUAACAUCGAUGAAGAGAAACUGCAAAUAAAAAUUUCGUUUGAUUUUCAUAAUUAAUUUUGUGUAUUUAAAAAAAAUAACGCCGACGCUGUCGCAGCCGAAGUUCGGGGUUGGAGAACGAGGUUCUAAGAAGGGUGAUACAAAGGGCGCAAGCAACAUCAAAGAGAGCGGCGCGGAUCAAAGAGCCGCCCACAGAUAACAGAGAGAGAGAGGAUAAAACCUUCAUCGUUUGAUAUCCGAUUGUCGGUGAGAGAUCGCGCCUCCGUACAAAUGCCGUAUGAAAAGGUGUUACAGAUGUAUGGUUUAAAUCUACCGGUGUCCCGAGGCCGCGCAUGUCUGGCCGGAUUACCCGGCUCGUCCGGAUGUGCGGAGCGAUCGUGACUCCGCACCCGGCACAGCGAUUAGUCCCACUGCCCUUCUUGUUGGCGAAUUCCGCACGGGUCAUGCCCGGAUAAACGAUGGAAAUAGAUAAGUAGAAACAAAUAUUGAUUUGAGUGACAAUAUAUAUUUUUCUUUUACUUUGUUAAAAUGAUGUAUCUAUCUACCUAUUUUUCUU